AUGCACUCCUUCAUUCGUGCAGUAUCUUUCUUGUGUUUGUUUCUUUUCUCUGGCACGAGAGCCUAUGAAAUUCAUGAUUCCUGCGCUCUGCCGACCAAACUCCUCGUAAGGCAGGCUGCGAAUCAGGCAUUUGACAUGGCUCGUCUGGCAUUACAAGAACUCCAAGCCUCGCCACGCGAUCCGGACGUUAACCGCCUGCUUGGACUCCUCUUCGCAAAGAAAGAUGAAGACCCUACCACCAUGGACGUGAGACGUCUGCGGGACAUAUAUGACAACAUCUUACUAGCAGCAGCUGAGGACGAAGCUCGACCACAUCCGACUGAUACUUCGCCAUUGCAAAAUGUGAUGAUUUACUGUAACGAGGAUCGAUUUCAGAAACGUGCAGAUGGGACGUGGGUGGAUACUGGUAUGAAUUCCAUAUACUUGGCUUGGUAUUAUGGCUCAUGUGUGUCCCACAGUCUCGCAGGGAGGGCUGUGUUUGAAAAUCAUCCCUCACAAAUUACGAUCUGUCCAUGGUUGUUUCAGUGGGCGCGCCAAAGGAAGUACAAGAAAUAUGCCGACAUGCAAGGAGGUAUAGCAAAGGCCUGGACCAAGCGUACAUUGCAAGCCACGCUACGGGCUCUUGGACGUGAGGACGGUAUCGACAAAAUGAGACUACUCGACCAGACAAUCUUGCACGAGCUGACGCACACUCUGGUCGGUGGCCGAAGUCUAGAUGUGAAAGUGGCUGGUCUCUUGGGUUCUGAGAAAAGCUACGGAUGGAAGAAUUGUCUGGCGCUUGCCAAGAAUGGUGGAAUGCAUCCAGAAGAUGACAAACUUCCCAGGACUGCUCUAGACAACGCUGACUCAUUAGCCUUAUUCGGACUCGCUGUCAAACUGCUCCGCGAGCAGACCCCGCUGUACGUGUUGGAGAACGGAGGCUUGACAAAUCGGAGACCAUGA